ACAGUGGUUCCUGUAGAUAAACAACGGUUAGUGGUAUCACGUACAGACUUUAGGGAGCAUAGAAGUAUUGUAUUGAGAUUAAUGGCUGCAAGGAACUCCAGAAAACUAAGCAAAAUGAUUGCUUUUUGGACUUUCACACUUAUUAUCGCUGUUUCCGUCGAGAGAUCGCAACAAAGUGUUUCAACCGAGUGCGUGAGAAAAUGUAAUCCUCAACAACUGAAACGCUUGACAAGAAAGGUAUGUCACUUUCGCUGUGAUCAAUAAACCUAAACUAUACCAUGCGUUUAAAAGAAUCUUAAAUCUAAGGCUCUCAUUUGAAGCGCUCAUUUUAUAAGUUGAACUGCUUUUAGUUUAAACCUGGAGCAAAUGUGGAUUUUAAUUGUUUCGAAGUAUAACACUGGGACUCCUCUUCAGAUGUGAAUCAAAUUGUCUUCCUGAUAGCAAAAAUUGCGGAAGCGGUCCUAUGAGUGUGCUUUUCACUUCUACCUCGACGCAUAGUACAGACCAACAACGAAACUGUCUACAAUUGCAAAAAAAUGUCAUCACUUUAUUUUGCGCGCUUGCUGUUUAGGUCGACAAUCAAUAACGCUUAUCAAACAGGGAUGGAAGACGCACGACCACAUCAAUUUCACUUAGCUUUAUGUUUGACUUCAAAGUUUUCACAUCCAAACUAAAACCUCAAUUUUCCAUUUUAUCGAACAAAAAUGGUGUCGGAAAGAGCAUCGACGAAAGAAAUAUUUUAGCUCAUACAGUUUUAAUCGAUUCAUGUACGUGAUGGCUACUAUAUUUAACGAUAUAAAUUUGCAUAUGGAAGGUACCGGUUAGCACAAAAACUGGACAGGUCUGAAGGAGAGCUGGAUGGCGAUAAGAAUGAAAACGGUCUUUAGAAACUGAAAACGUGUUUGUUCUUCGAUCAUUCGUUCAGGUUUUUAUCCUUUACUGCAAACACGUGCACAGCUCAAUGUUUAAACAAUUUGUAAAGCCUUGAUUUAUAGAACGGAUCUGACAGCAGUGCUUUCAGUGGAUUUGCAUCGGAAGCCUAGCAAAAAAAAUUUUUUUGAAAGGGAGAUUGACAAAUACUAAUCAAAAAAAAAUCCAGAAACAAGUAUCGAUUGAUGAAAUCGCUCCGUCGUUAUUUUUAAAACAUUUUUGUAUCUAGGAGGCGUGAAAGCAUGAAAAAAAUGCAUUCUCGUGAUCUCGACUCUAGUUAAUACAAAUAGAGUGCAACGAAGACAAAAGAGGUUGUAUACAUUCGAGAUCCUUAAUUCCGGAUGUCAACCUUAAUCAAAGAAAUUAGAAUAAACUGCGCGAAAUCGUUGUGUAUUCUUAUCACUUCUAACCGUUUGUGUCUUGGACGUGAUCUGAUGGGAUUAAGUCAAGCUUAACUUUUUUUCUCGGAAAAGACAGAAAGACAGGAAGUACAUUUUUGACAUGUUAAAACAGUGCACCUCUAAAAAUAAUUUUCGACCUUUAGUUCGCGAAACAAUUUAGUAAAGUGAGGUGAAUCUGCAACAAGUCUAAGAAAACUCAUAUGUAGAGUAUGAAAUCGUGAAAAGUGCUAAAUGAAAGGCUAUGUUGUGUCCUUUCAUGGAGGAUCAGGAGCAAAAUUGAAUGUGUUUGCAUUUCACGACAUUUAUGUCAGUUCUGUUUAAUUAAAAAUUUACUGAUAAUUAGAGAAAUUAUUAUCGCCAGAAAAUGUUUUGGACGUUACAUUUGUUCUAAAUCACAAUUUUUACAUCGAAAAUGAGCGUACGUGAUCGUACGGCAUGUACUGCAUAUCGUGACACGGUUUACCUCAUUCGUGGAAUGAUGGUGUGUCACGCAAGCAACUAAAUUCGCAUUACUCGAACUAAAAGAGAUUCAUGUAGUUAGUGAACCUGAUUAUUUGAUUUCUUUGUUGCGUCGUUUGAAUUUUUCUUUUGGACUCUAUCGUGCACAACAUUCAAUAGUAUUCGGAUUAUGCUGACUCAACUAACCAUCCGAAACUGCCCAUAAAUUUGUUCAUUCGCGAUGUUUGAACGCUUAAAAACAAAAGAUUGUACCUGGUCAGGGAGUUCCAAAAAUAAACUGCAGCGCCGUUGUUUUCAUCUUUGAUUUUUCCCGCUUUCCUUACCACUUUCUUUCACUUAUUACGAUGUACUAGCACUUACACUAAUGCUGUCACCACGGAAGUGCUGCAAUUUAUUUAUUAUUAUCUUCAUUUACGAAGUACAGUAUUAUCCGCCUCUUCCUUCGCCAGCUAUGGACUCUGUGUUAGUGAACACUGUCCUUUCUGAAUUAUUUUAAGUGUUCUUUUGUUUCUGAUUGCUAGGUCUCAAAACUUUUCUCAAGCUGCUAUCACCAGUGUCUGGGAGUGAGGAGAGGUAAUUCAGUGCUCUGAUAAUGUGACUGACUGAUCAUUUGUUUAUCAAAAAUUAAGGUUUUAAUUGUACUGAUCAAGCAUUGGAGUACAUUUUAUUGCCUUAUGGGGUUUUCUGGGGGAAGGGGUUGGGGGUUCCUAAGGGAAUAAGAAGUCUGAGAAGUAAGUGAGAGGAGGACUGGAGACAAAAGUGUUAUGCAAAGACUUACUCAAACAAGCUUGUCACAUGUUAUGUGUGUUGUUAAUUUUUUUCAAGUUUUUCACUUGUAAUCUAUUUACAUAACUCCAGUCCUCGAUCAUUCCUGUUCCUUCUUUGUUUAUUGUUGCAUCUAAGUGUGUUUAUGCUCCUUAAUUAAAGUUGAAAGAAAUGUAAUCAAUGUAAAAACUUAAAAAUUUGUUUUUAGCUUCAUUUGAUCUCAUCUAUCAUAUCACUCAAUGACAAAGAAGUAUUCAUCAUUGCUCACUAAACUGUUCAUUAUUGUUAUUCAUUCUCUUUGUUUUUGUCCUGCUUUUUAACAGCUGCACAUGGACAAGCCCCAGUCAGGCCAGGGAUCUUUCAAAAACGCUUCAGAAAAGCUCUCCCACCUAAUCCUAGUAAGCAUUAUAGUAAUAUCAAAUGUGUACUUUCAAGUUUUUUUCUUAAGGAAUAGCUUACCUAAGGGUUAAAACACCAAUGGAUGGAAACACAAUAAAUAUGUGUUACAAGAAGAUGAUUUGACAUAAUGCCAUACCAGUGGACUUGUUGGAAGUGUGUACAGAGAGCCAAAUUCUGACCUGGAUUUCUUUUGCUGCAUGCUCCUGAAGGUGCAAGGGGAAGAUCCAGAAAAUAUUUGAUGAAGGGAGGAAGGGGAGGCUCCAAAAUAUGAUUCGGAAAACACUAAUAUUUUUUUUUUGUGGGCUAUUGGCUUAGCAAGUUGAAAAACAUUUCAUAUUGACUAACAUAGAUGCAAGUAUUUUGGUGUCAGAUGAGAAGAAAAAAAAAAUGUACAGGUCUGAUUAGGGGGUGGGGUGGGGGAAGCUGGGAGUCAAAAUUUCCCAGAUCCUUCUUCUGGAUCUGACUGAGGCCACAGCAAUGUGACAAUUUGAACUUGCAAAACUUGUUUAAUAUGUAAUCAUCUCAUGGGCAUUGAGGUUUCAAGACCGGAAAUCAAGAUAUCAGGGGCUAGAAACAUUAGUAGUCAUCAGUAAAUUAUUAAUCAAAUUGUUAUUAAUUUCCAUUACUUAAUAAAUGUAUUUUAGAUUGUCCAGGUUCUUCACCAAACCAGACCCAGGACUGGAAACCAAGUAACAUUAAUGUGACCUUUGGUCAAUAUGAAAACACCACUAAUUGGUAUGCAAAGGUAUCUUGGACUCCUAUGAAUGGUAAGUGCCCAGUUAAACAACUCUAAUGUUUUCUCACUAUCCCUGGUCGCCAUCCAUAGAGUUACAAAACAGAGAUUUUUGUACAACAUUAGAUCCUAUGGGUUUUUAUUUUUGAGAAUUUUAUGGAUAUUACUUGAUCAGCAUAAAUGAAAGUCUGCUGAUAUUUUAUACUUUCGGUGAAAUGAUUUCAUGUUUUCACAUUUCACUGUACAAACUUACUUAGGGAUCACAACCAGUGUUAUAUCAGCCAUUUUGUCAGUAUGAUGUUGCAUUAUGUAACUUUCAAUUAUUACUUUGAAGUUGUUUGUUAGGGGUUCCUUUAUCAGAGGGUUAAUCAUUGAACUUUUUGUCCGUGAAGUUUUUACGUUUGAGCUUAAAUCUGUAUGUUUUAACAUAAGUUUUUCUAUUCACAUCAAGAUGCAAAUGAAAGCUGGACUUCGAUACUCAUCCGCUUUUUCGCAAUAGACGCCUCGUCUGGAGACGUGGAUUGUUUAAAGUAUCCAAAAGUAAGGAUUUAAAAGGCAUAGCUAUCGCUAAUUUUUUAAAAAAGCCUGUUUAGUCUCUAUUUCCAAUUUUUGGUUCGCAAAGGUAUAUCAAAAUAUAUCAGCUCCAAAUUGGUUUUGGAGAAAAUGAAAUUAGCAAAUAAAUAUAACUUGUGAAACAAAAAUGUAGGCCUCAGAAUUUUGGAACGUUUCCCACCAUUAUUUAUUUAUUUACUUCUUGUAAAUUUAUUUGUUAGUUAAAUAACAAAUGUAUCCUCUGUUAAUUUUUCACUAGAAUCAAAGCGUCGCGACAGUUAACAUUACUUCAUACGGCUAUCAAUAUCCAAACAAUAUCUACUUAGACGUGAGUACCCUAUAGAUAAUGACACUGGAAUUUUAAGUGAGAACGCCACAAAUUAGGCUCCUGAUUGUUGUGAUGUAAUUCAGAGAUCUCGUAACUUAAGUAACUUUUUAAUUCAAAUAAGUUUCAAAAUUAAUAAUUUUAUAUUGUUUGUCGAUAAUUGUAAGACAUAGUAUGAAAUAAAAGACACUACUGGCGCUCUAUUUUACCGUUUACCUCAUAGAAAAAUAAUUAUAAGUCAGGUUUCAUGAUAAUGUUAGUAAUAACUCAACUUUGGCACAGGAAUCACUUAACUUAAGCAAGUGGUAUUUUGAUUUUCAAAGUUUGCCUUCGUUGCGACAUUGGAAUCGGGAUGGUGCAGUUUUUGCGAUCACGCUUCAUUGCCCAUCGAAGGUCUAGAAAAUUUCCCCGUAUGAGUAUUUCAAUCACUUAAUCUCAGUUAAUCUGGCCGCCUUGGUUUCCGAGAUCUCUCCUUACCCUCUGUUUUUUUUUUUUGUUUGAGAUGGUGGGUAGUGAGCCCAGUUACUGAGAUAUCACUUUCAGCAUUCUAAAUCUGCAUUUCGGCAUUAGGCCUGGAAAUUUCCCCAAACCAUAAGCAACCAGGCUCAGUAAAAUCUCAUUACAGUAAUCUGUCUCAAAUUUCCCCGUAAAAAAAAAAAAAAAAAAAAAAAACGAAUGCAACCUAAAUAGAAGAGAGGAAGUCUUAAGAGGCAUUUGCUAACUGCGGCAUUCCGUAUGUUUGAUUUCCUCGCUAUUUAGGUUAUUGGCCAACCUUUCUCUUCAGAUGAUACCGUAACUUUUGGCAAGUAUGGACCCGUUGUAGGUGAGUGGUAAUAACAGAUGGUCGAUGUUUGAAUUGUUUUUCAACUGGCGACUAAAUGACUCAGCUAUUUAUUUUAAAAAGAGAGAUUUUCGAUUGAAUGCCUUCCCCUUUCCAAUCAGAUGCCAAAUAAAAAAAAUUUGCAUUUAUCCUAUCCCUUGUGUUUAAGCAUUUUUUUUUCGGUUUACGAUCCUUGAAUGCAAAGCGCUCUAUGAGAUGGUGUAUGAAACUGAGGUUAUGCUAAGAGCAGAUACAGAAGCACAAUGUUUUAGUUAAAGGAUAAGUUUUCAUCUCUUUGUUUGAGAGCAAGAGUGGAGAAUUUAAGAACUUAACUAUCACAUUAGGGUACACCAAUGGCAAAUAGAAAAAUUCAUUUUUAUCUUUUUAAGUUGAACUUCUGGCCAUAAUAAAGUUUAAGACUGGUAAUAUACCAUUUCGCUCGACCUUCUCAUCCGUUUUUUAUUCUUUUCUUGUAGUGCCUCCAACAGUUACUUCUGUGGCACAGACUACUCCUACAGCACAGACUACUCCUACAGCUCAGACCACUCCUGCUACCGAGACAGAGACUUCUCCUGCUACCAACACACAGACUCCUCCUACUACUGACAAGGGAAAAUCAGGUAAGUUCAGUGCAGUGACAUUCAACAAAUUGCUAAUGGUUUCCAUCACUGUCUGCACUGGAUGAUUAACUAGCGCCGUCCUAAAUCUUAUAACGAGAAAUUUCAAUUGAGAGUCAAGGGAUCUAAAUUUAUACUAAUCUCUGUGAUUUGUAUGCCGAACUCACGGUUCCCUUUUCACCAAUCAGAUGCAUAUCUAAAACCCUUUUCAACCUCAUCUCAAGCUUUUUCUGGCCCUUGAGGCCGCUUACGUGUAAACUCUUUGAUUUCUCAUUGGAUCUACGUGAUGGCAAUCUUUGUUAUGAUUGGCUGUUGCGUUAUUUUAUUUUGGCCUACGAUCCUCAAAUGCAAAACGCUUUAUAGAAUGAAAUAACAUCCUAAAUGGUUAAACAAUUGUGGAUAGGUCGGGUGAGGCAUGAUGAGAGUAGCCUGAAAAGCCAAAACAUUUUAGCCAAAGGGUAACCAGCGCACCCAUCUUUGAUCUCUUGGUAAUGGCAUGCGCUCGUGUUCCUUUGCCAGAGAGAUCAUACGUUAUUAUAUCCACAGGUAUCUUAUACCUUGUUCUCCUUACAUGAAUUGUGAACUGAGACUGCAACAUAGAUUUCUAAUGAUCAAGUUUAUAGUUAGGUCUCACCAUGAUUGACCCUUGUGUAACUUCUUUGUGAUUGGUGUAAACUAUACGUAAUUUUUUGUUUCCUAGAUAACACCACCACUCUGAUUACCACUGUAGUAGUGUCUCUCGGUGUCCUCGGAGGAUUAGCGUUCGUUGCCUGCCUUUUAAAGAAUAUUUUAAGCCGCAGGCCGAAGAGCAGUAAACUGCCGCCAGGUAGGUUUUGAAUAACAAUAGUUUGUUGAGUUUUGCAUCACAAGAUAAGGGGGAUGUGAAGUUGGACGUCCACAUCAGGGGUGGGUAGAAAUUGUUUUGAUUGUGACUACUCCUCGCACCUUUGUACGUAUCAGACAAAGGGUAUUGUCCUAAUAUAACACAAGUUCUCAUAACUAAUUUGUAAGGAAAUUUAGGAAGAUUAACGUUUCAAUUUUUAUCUCUUGCAGAAUUCAAAUACCACGCAUUUAUCAUUUACAGCCGCGAAGAUGAGAGCUGGGUGACUGGAGAAUUACUUCCAUUCUUGGAAGAAGAAAGUCAUUUGAAAUGUUGUGUUCAUUACAGAGACUUUAUGCCUGGGAAACCUUUUGAAGUUAACAUGGCGGAGAGUGUUUACAACAGUUACAAAGUAAUUGCGGUGUUUUCCAAAACCUUUGUUCACAGUAAUUACUGCAUCCACGAAUUAGGCCUUGCCAAGCAUCGCCUUCUUAGAGAAAGAGACGACAGCCUGGUCGUGAUGAGAAUUGAUAAAACGGAUUGUGAGAAGCUCCCUCGGGGAUUGAAGAAACGAAGUUUCAUAGACUAUGCCAAUCCCUUGGAAAAACCUUUUUGGAAAAGUAAACUCAUUAAAUUCCUGGACACCUCUAAGGAUCUUGUUGAAGAUAGCAGUAACGAAGACAAAGACAAUAAUAACUGUUUUCCAAACGAUUUUAUCGAAGAAAAUCAGCAGAAAAGAACUACUUACGAAAGAACAAUCAGUACCGCUACCGAAGUAUCUGUUAUUUUAGAGACAGAGGGAACCUCUGUUUAAGAAUGUGAUCUAGAUUUAUAGUCGUGUUAAUAGUUAUACAGGUUAUUGUGUUCUGGAAAAAGGUUUCAUGAUACCAGCGAUCAAAGAGAUCUUUUAGGCACGAUAAGCUCGUCUAGUAUUCAGGACGUUUCUACUAGCCGUUGUCGAUAUGUUCCCUCAAAAGUUAAUCAAGUUUCGCAUUUCUUUAUACUUCUUGGAUGUGAAUGGGAAGAGGGGGGGUUUCUUUUUUAUGGAAAACCUUUUCUGAGAAAUAUACCUUACUACCUAUCGCGCUCCUGGAGAGCCCGAAGGAUUUUAAAAUGGAGGCGCUUUGCAAAGGUUCGAAAACACGAGUAGCACCGCCACAGAGAUAUUUAUUUUACAAAGGGACCUUUUCUGACAUAGAACGGGAACCUUAACAAGUUUGUUUCAUAUUAAGAUGUCUUUCAUAUUUUGAGUUAUAUAUUUUUGUAUGUUGUACUUAUCGCUAGCUUUGCUGAAAUUAGUAUAUAUAUUUGAAAAUACAAACAGCAACAACAGAAAAAAUAGCUUUUGAACUUUUUGAAACUUGUUUAUUUAAUGAAUUACUGAGAUGACCUUUUUUGAAAAAUAAUUCCAGUAGUUGGUGGUUUUGUAGAUGCAUAAGCGUAGAAAAAGAAACUUCUCUUGGUCAGGUUUCAACCAAAAGCAGUCGGAACAAUCACCUGAGAGACAAGUCGAAACAAAUAAGGGGAAAACUGACUUGUACCAGGUUGUCUUCAUGAUGCACGUUACAUGGAAAUGAAUGGGUAAGGAGGAUGGAAUUGACGGAAAGAGGUACCGUCGUGCCUUGCACCUCUUGUACCCCCGUGUGAACUUUGGUUGAGGAAGCCUCUUUCCACUAGCGAUCGAUACAAAAGAGGAAAAACUUGAAAUUGUCGGCCGACUUAUUACAUUUUUCUAGCCUGAGUUUGCAUAUAAUAAUUGUGCGUUUUUUCUUUUUAAAAAAUCCUCUCUAUUUCAUCACUAUUUAACCAAAUCAUUAAAAAAGAGAUCUUGGAGAUCUUGUAGAUCAAUCUUAAUAAUCGAAAGCGACAGAAUUACCCAAGUGUGAAACGAGAUGCAAAUAAAAACUAAAGCAAAAAUGGGCCAUUAGGACUUGUUUGAAAUUUGCAUUUGAAUCCUGUUUAAAUGUGGUGUUUCGGCAGCUUUCCUGCUCAUGAUGGAAUUCUUUGUCUCGUGACCAACCCUUCGUGAAACUGUCGCAAGUUAAUAAACGGUGCCAAAGGAUCGCAAGAACCCAUGCCUGCAACAAUUCCUUUGCAGGUUUUCGCAGCCGUUCUCUUGGUUAUCACAGGAGCAUUGAUAAACACGUUAGGAGCAAAGGUGGCCGAGAAAACAAGAUGUUCUCGCGCUUGCGGUCUGGACAAAAAGAUGUCUCUCACAAAGCCACCUCAGGUAUGAAUAUUAUCGGUGUCUUGAGAUUUACAGCCGAAGUUAAGGUCUUAAUUAUGAUGGCCAACUCAACUGUAAGCGGAGAAUGAAACAUUUAGCCCCUGCUGACAACAGCUCUGUAAUUAUCCACUUAAUUGGCAAAUAAAAAUCGCACUGGAAGGUGACCGGGCAAGAGGUUGUGGCAAACGUUAUUUAAAUUUACAGAGAAAGGAAUAUGUUCAGUAACUGGAUGAUACGUCUAUGAAGAUAAAAAUAAUCAAACAUAGGAAUAGGGCCUUCGAGUGAGCCGUAAUUGGUGAGCUUUUCGUUCGCAUCAGCUCAGUAUGUGGUAAACAAACCCUAAAAUAUUUUGCACCGUUUUAUUUCAAUUAAAUUAGUUGGAAGUUCUUUAAUAAGAAAAAGAAGUACCUUGUAUAUCCAUGUGGUUAACUUCGGGGUUUAUAAAACGUAGAAAUGAUAGAAUUAUCAUGCAAUUAAAUCAGAUGGCGAUCACUUGUGUGCAUGAAAUCAUUAUCAAAUAGGUCAACCAUGAAUUCACGAUUUAUUUCGAGAAUUUGCGGAAUUUCUCUUUUUGCCAUUUGGUGCUUAGAUACCCACGGAGCACUGUGCUGUUGCUAUUUUUGUUUAAAUCUCUGUUCUUAUUUUCUUAAUUUUAUAUUUACUUUAAUUUUGUUUUGCUUCACAUAUGCGGAGAGCGUACUUUUUCUUGGAAAGAAUAUCAUGAAAACAUUCUUAAUGAUCUGGCGAGGUAAAAAAAUCAAGUAAUGGUCGAAAAACAUCAUAUUCAGAGACAAGGCAUCAAGAUACACAUUUGUUUUCUAUACAGCCUCUCGCUCUGAUUUACAAUUUCACUCAUUUGCGUCUGAUAAAUUUUCACCUCAAAGUUAAUUCGCGUUCCUUCGUGCUCUUUGCAGCUUUCGUUUUGACCAAAAACCUGCUGGGAGCAAGGUGUUUUUUUUUUAUUCUUUUAGACAAGCAGCACAUUUUUCAAACUUGCUAAGGUUGAACUUUGGCGAAAUAGUACUAGGCAGGCUAGUGUAAGUUACAAAGGAAAGCAGAAUUAAGAUUAUAAAUGUCAAACACGUUUUUCCUCUUUGGUUUGUAUUUUGAUUAAAAAGCUUCUUACGAAUUAAUUAAGAGUUGCCAAAUUGAUAUAGGGUAGUAUUAGAGGAUGCAAACCGGAAUGAAUUCUAUUUUUCUUCCUUCUCCAGUUUAUCUUUAUUGUAAGAAUUUAUUGAUGUCAUACAACGGUGCAAUUCUGUUUUAUUGCAUUGGCACGAGUUUUGAAUCAAAAGUCGAAGCUUUUCUUAAACUCAUUGAUCAGUUCUCAGCUAUCAACUUGGAAGACUUCCAAUGUAUGUAAACUGCUGAGACUGGAUAUUUGUUAGGGAUCUGUGGACCUUUUUAAUUCGCUGCCGAAUUAUUAGCGUUCGAAACAAAAACAAAGACAGGUUUGAACGACGUAGGGCAAUAAAAACAUUCAUCAAGACCUUGCAUUCAUCGUGACAUCAGGUUUGGACCGGAGACGAAAAGCUUUCGGUGCAAAACCAAUGGUCAUAGGAGAGCACUUGAAUGAGGACUUUACGUUGUUUUGCCAGACUGUUAGGUAUCGAUACUAUUGUUGGUGUUUUCAGAAGCAUUUGAAUCAACUUAUGCAAUGUUGUUUCAUUGUCUCUUGAAAAGAAUGAUUUUUGCCUCAGGGCGAUUCUGAGAUUGUCAUUCACUACUGUAGCCAGUAUCGACAAUGGACGACGAAUACAAACAGAGAGGGCUGUGUGACACGAUAAACGGGCGCGAAUCAGUAUCAUGUAAACAUUGCAAAUGCUGCCUCUAUCGUCAAUCAUGCGACUUUUAAGUGAAAAGCAGUUAUUUUGUCAAAAUAAUGAAUAAUGAUUAAUCUUUACAAAAAGAUAUCAUAUGACGUUUAGAUUCUUUGAAAAAGCACAUGUUUGAUUAUCAGCUGUGUUUCUGUGAUUAGCGAAGGAUCUAGAAGAACCAUUGAAAAUUUUUGUUUACCCACGUUGAAGUGAAAAUCUUUUUUUUCCAGUGCAGUUUGGACGUAAAUCACUACAGAGAUGACUUAAAAAUUCCAUGGCGAAAACAGUUAAAAAACAAUUGAAAAUCAAUUGACGACUGCAUCUUCUCUUUCAAACAUUUCAAUUGUUUCAUCAAUCAGCCUGGGUGAUUAACUAUUGAAGUUUUGUAUCCAUUAUUGAUUUCACGCAAGGAUUUUACGGCGAUGCAUAAAUAUGAGGAAGACCACUUGAGUUAAGGGACGUCCUUCAAAAGAACUGUGAGGAACCAAAUUAUUUUACCAGUGUUGAUUAGCAGAGAGUUCGAUUUUGGAUUUGUAGUAGGUAGAGUGUCAUAUGCACAAUAUAAAUAUUUCUCUGGAUGUAGGUCAUAAAGGGAAGGUUCACAUAAGCUGUAUGUAAACUAAGUACCUGCAAAUUUAUUUAUAUAAUAAAAUUAUUUUUCUAUUUUGACGGAAGUAUAAGUUUCCGGGAAGAAUGAUACGGAAGUACGCUUUUGGCAAAUAACAAAAUAUUUAGACCCGGACGAAAACCUAUAUCUAUGUCUGUAAUAUUGAUUCUAAAACAACCUGAAUUGGAAAGAAAAUAAAUAGAAUCACUUAAUAACAUGACUUAUCUAAUUAUUUAUAUCUUGAAUCCAUUCUUUUCUAAUUGUCUCUCUCUUUUUCAUUUACAGCUACUAGAUCCAGUCCUCUGCAACCGGUGUCUCAGAAGGAGAUCAGGUAAUGUGUUGAAACGGCCCAAGAGUGAAUAAGCCACUUAACUAAAGAAGCUUUUAUUCUUGUGUGUUCAUAAUCUGCAGCCACUACUAAAAAAAAUAACGCAAGGGAAUAAGAAUUAAAAGAAAGGAACCGUGAUUAUUAUUUUUUUUUACAAAAAUAGUUAUUUUCAUGUCCAGGGGUUCAGAAGUAUUCAGAAGUAAUAAUUCAGAAGCGCUGUCGGUUCUUGUACUAAGUUAUCAAUCAUUCAAUGAAAUGUACAAAAAUCAUCUAAAAUGAAUAUACGGUUGUGAUGGCAGGCUGGUGACUAGAGUGACGUCUUUAUGUUAACUUUAGUCGAUCGGAAAAUUAGGCCGGACAGUAUGCAAGACCAUAUGCACUUAUUACUUAAGAGAAUGAAAAAUUUUAAAGCUUUUUUUUUAAACACUUGCAUCGAAAAUUUCAGCGAAUGUAUUCAAAAUAAUCAAUAGUUAUAGAUGAUACUGUUUGAUGAUUCUAGAAUUUUUGUUCUCAUCUUUCCUUAGGACGAUAUAUAUGUUUCACCUCUAAUGCAUCUAAACUCAAACUUUUAACUAGCUCUUAAUAUUUGAACGGAAAAAAAGUUAUAUUCUUUUGUAGAUUUUAGAUCAUGCAACAAAAAUUAAUAAUAUUGAAAUCAUCAUUUACAGUGAAGCACACCUUUGUGGAAAAGACAAUCUUUCAGCGCCGAAAAAGAUCAACCUUUUCGAAUAGUAAGUUUUGGAUAAUUUUAACUCUUCAUAUUCGAGUUGAACAUAUCUGAUUGAGUAGUGACACGAUCGAAUCCUUUUCAUUUUAGAUUGCCCGGGCAGAGUCAAUGAGUCAACACCAGUACCUGAAGAGCAGUAUGCCUCCCGACCUCUUGUAGCCAUUCAGCAAUAUGAAGAUACGGACAACUGGUUCGCAGACGUAUCGUGGGAUCCACUUAAUGGUACUUAAAUUCUUUUAUGUUCGGCAUUUAAUACAACCAGAAUCGUAGUUUCAGUAAAAUCCAUUUAUCCUCGUAUUUUAUGCCGAGCUCUUCAGCGCAAGCCACAGAGUAGUGAUUUUCAACCAGGAUAAAUGUUGGUAUCAAAAUGUGGAUCCAAAAUUCUUUGAGGAUUUAACACGUUUUCCCUCUUUUCCGUCUGAGCAGCGACGGAAGUAGGCUAUCGAAACGUUUGAAGCUUUGAAAAACUUUCUUUGAACAGAAAAUGUUUCAAAAGUAUGGGGAGGUGAAGUUUUCGUGGAGGUGAACUGAUGAAACUCUGCAUGCAUUGCAUUUCCGCCAUUUUGUGCUUAUACUUCAUUCUAAUGGUCCAUUAUACUUUUUUGCCUUUCUUUGUCCUAGAUCCUUAUAAAUACUUGAAAGGACACCUAAUUCGCCUAUCGGUUGGUCCCGGGCCAGACAUAUUUUGCACUGUACUUCCAAAGGUGAGAUCAGGAUACCUUUGAGUUCUCCGACGACCGGCUGACACGAAAAGCUGUCAGACUUCUAUAAUCUAUAAACAGCCGGUUUAGGUAUACGUAAAAUGAUGGUGAUCAAAGCAACGUCAAGUAGUUUAGGUAAAAUCAGUGAUGGGCAAUCAGUCAUGUGUCUUUUACCAUCCAAAAGUUGACGAAAUCGUAAUAACAUUUACAAACAAUACUUUUUUCACUUUUUAUGUGCAGCACUAGUGCGGGAUGAAAAACGUUGCAUUCCCACAAUCGACUUGAACAUAACCUAUGAAAUGAUCAGUUUUCCACCAUUUUUUUUUUCAGAAUCAAACUUCCCUCAGAAUAAACAUCUCACAGUAUGGUUAUCAUUACCCGGAUUAUAUAGAACUUGGGGUGAGUUUUUCUGUCCUUCUGAUUCAAGUGAUUUGGUCCUGUUUUGUGGAUAGGACACUCGAAAAAUGGUCAGCGAGGAUUUCUUUUUUUAGCUCUUAAUUUCACUUCAUACUUGUAUGAAGUCGCCGAUCACAGAACAUUGAUUGGCCUUUUUUAUUUCUGCAAUCACUGAUUUCAUUUUCUCUUUUUAAGAUCAUCAGCAUCCCUCAUAAGAAAAACAUCGCAAUGAAUAUUUAUGAUGUUAUUCCAUGUGAGUUUUAUUUAGUCAAAAGAAUGAUUUAAUCAGUUUAGAAUUAUUCACCAGAAUAGCACCUGCUAUUCACUUCCGUACUAGCCAAUCAACGCGCGCGAAAAGCACUAUUCACUUGUGUGGUAUAUACUAGUAGAGGAUAUGUCAAACACGACAGAUGUGUGAAAGUAUUGAAAUCAUUAAAAUUCUGGCUGGAAAAGUAAAGACAAAGCAGAAUGGUUAGAAAAAAUUGGAGUCCUGUUGAAGAAAAUGACUAACUCGUAUACCUAGUAACUUCUUUCGUAUGGUUUUUGGAAAAUUUGAUGCUUUGUGUCACUAUGCAUCAUAAAGUCCCUUACUGUGCCAUCAUGGUUUGAGAAACUUGUGGUAAUGUUUAGGUUAUAAUAAUCAAGCAAUUUUUUUUACGAAAAGAAACUUAUGGUUGGGUGAAGGAGGAAGUUUCUAAAGAUACUGUAUUGCUAAGUCGGGUAUUACAAGAUACUUUGCUCGAAACACCUGUUUAAAAAUUUUCUUCGGUGGCUGAUUUAUAUUAUCAAAUCUGUCUAUACUAACAAUUUAUAUCAAGGGUGGAUGAAUUUUUCUCGUGUCCAGUAUUUUUGUUUUGUGUCUGUUAUCUAUUAUCUUGUUCAACAGUACCAUCAUCAGAAUCACCACCAACCAUAUCUACAAAGACAGAAAAAGCAACGACAAAAACUACAACAACGACAAGAGUUACCAUUACAAGUGAUAAAAUAACGAAAGGUAAGAUUUGUAAUGGCAAGAGAAAAAUGUGAUCCUCUGUUUCCUGGAACGGAUUUUACAGUUUUCUACAGAAAAAUAUAAUUUUCCAUUUUCCCACUAGUGUUUUUAUAUCCUCUCUAUACUUGCCAAAACAGCACUUCACAGUUUAUUAUUUUGCAGCCUUCUUUCAUUUACAGUUUCUACUUUGUUUAAGUCUUCCUCAGAAACAACUGCGCAGGGAACCCUCUCUAACUCCAGUUUCGAUGACCGUUUUUCUCUCCUGUGGCUUCAAUUAUAGCACGCCGAGUAUUACUUUCUUUGUACAAAUCGAGUAGAAUUUUUACUCUAUCAUUUCAUUUUUUUUUUAAUUCAACAUAUUUCAAGUUACUAUGAAUUGCGAAAUCCAACUAAAUGUUGACCUAUAGAGUCAAAUGAGUGAAACGAGCUAUGGAGUUAAACGUGUAAACUCUUUGAUUUCUCAUUGGCUCUACGUGAUGGCAAUCUUUAUUCUGAUUGGCUGUAUUUUGCGUUAUUUUAUUUUGACCUACGAUCCUCAAAUGCAGGGCGCUUUAUAGAAUGAAAUAACUUCCUAAAUGGUUAAACAGUUGUGGAUAGGUCGGGUGAGGCAUGAUGAGAGUAGCCUGAAAAGCCAAAACCUUUUAGCCAAAGGGUAACCAGCGCACUCAUCUUUGAUCUCUUGGUAAUAGCAUGCGCUCGUGUUCCUUUGUCAGCGGAGGUUAUACCUUAUUAUAUCCACAGGUAUCUUGUACCUGUUUGUUCUUGCAUGAAAUGUGAACUGAGACUGCAACAUAGAUUGCUAAUGAUCACGUUAGGUCAUAGCAUGAUUGACUCUUGCAUAACUUCCUUGCCACUGGUGUAAACUGUAGGUAAUUUUUUGUUUCUCAGAUUACACCACCACUCUGAUUACAACUUUAGCAGUGUCUCUCGGGGUACUCGGAGGAUUAACAUUCGCUGCCUGCCUUUUAAAGAGUAUUUUUAGCCGCAGGCCGAAAAGCAGUAAACUGCCGCCAGGUAAGUUAUGAAUAUCUUUUUUUUUGGCUGAGUUUUGCACAACAAGUAAAGGGAAAUGUGAUUUUGAACGUCCACAUCAGGAGUGGGUAGAAGUUGUUUUGAUUGUGACUACUCCUUGCACCUUUGUAAGUAUCAGACAGAGGGUAUUGUCCUAAUAUAACACAAGUUCUCACAACUAAUGUGCAAGGAAACUAAGGAAGAUUAACAACGUUUCAAUUUUUAUCUCUUGCAGAAUUUAAAUACCACGCGUUUAUUAUUUUCAGCCGCGAAGAUGAGAGCUGGGUGACUGGAGAAUUACUUCCAUUCUUGGAAGAAGAAAGUCAUUUAAAAUGUUGUGUUCAUUACAGAGACUUUAUGCCUGGGAAACCUUUUGAAGUUAACAUGGAGGAGAGUGUUUACAACAGUUACAAAGUAAUUGCAGUGUUUUCCAAAAACUUGAUGCUCAGUAAUUACUGCAUCCACGAAUUGGACCUUGCUAAAUAUCGCCUUCUUAAAGAAAGAGACGACAGCCUGGUCGUGAUGAGAAUUGAUAAAACGGAUUGUGAGAAGCUCCCUCGGGGAUUGAAGAAACGAAGUUUCAUAGACUAUGCCAAUCCCUUGGAAAAACCUUUCUGGAAAAGCAAACUCAUUAAGUUUCUGGACACCUCUAAUGAUCUUGAUGAAGGACGCAUGACAUAAGACAAAGACAAUGAUAACUGUUUCCAAACGAUUUUAUCGAAGAAAAUCAGCAGAAAAGAAUUGCUUACGAAAGAACAAUCAGUACCGCUACCGAAGUAUCUGUUAUUUCAGAGACAGAGGGAACCUCUGUUUAAGAAUGUGAUCUAGAUUUAGAGUCGUUUUAAUAGUUAUACAGGUUAUUGUGUUCUGGAAAAAGGUUUCAUGAUACCAGCGAUCAAAGAGAUCUUCAGAGCUUAAUAAGCUCGUCUAGUAUUAUGGCGUUUCUAAAGUACAGCCGUUGUCGAUAUGUUCCCUCUGAAGUUUAAUCAAGUUUCGCACUUCUUUAUACUUUUUUAACAGGGAUGGGGAGGGGGAGGAAUUUUUUUUCUAUGGGAAACAUUUUCUGAGAAAACACCUUACUUCUUAUCGCGCUCCUGGAGAGCCCGAAAGAUUUUAAAAGGGAGGCGCUUUGCAAAGGCUCGAAAACACUGACAAGCAGCACCGCCACAGAGAUAUUUAUUUCACAAAGGGAACUUUACUGACAUAGAACCGGAACCUUAACAAGUUUCUUUCAUACUAAGAUGUCUUUCAUAUGUUGAGUUAUAUAUUUUUGUAUGUUGUACUUAUCGCUAGCUUUGCUGAACUUAAUACCUAUAUUUAAAAAUACAAACAGCAAC